AUUACCCGCCAAGCUCGGAGCCUGUUUCCUCACCGGAGUGCAGCGUCUCCUCGGCUUCUCCCUCCAAGCGCGAUGGGCGACAGCCGUCUUGAGCAAACCAACGCUCUCUUCAGGAAAAACCUUGUGAUCCAGCGGCGCGCCUGCAAGACCAACUGCUGCCUGGUCCUGUUCCCGUUGCUCCUCUGCUCCGUCAUCGGCGGCCUGCAGAUCGCCAUCAACCGCGCGACGCCGCCGAAGGACCCCACCCGCUUCGACUGCGGGUGCAGCAACGUCACCGUCGACGAGGACGCGGUGGGGGGCCUGAGCUGCCCGGACGAGUGCCCGUUGCCCCGCGCGCCAAGAUGGCCCCCCCUCCUGCGGAUCCCGCCGCCCGAGUACCGGGCGGUCGCCGACGGGCUCUUCCCGUUCACCGACCUCCCGGACGCGUCGUGCAGAGCCGGAGGGUCGUGCGCGGCUACGUUCCUUGUCACCGGCGGCAACCAGUCGUUUGUGGCGAGUGUCAUGGAUUACAUGUUCUUCCCUGUUCACAAUGCUUCGGUCAACCUGUCAGCGCCGGCCGAUGUUUCCGAGUUAUCUGAUUUUGUUCUGGCAUCUGAUGGAUUUUAUGCGCAAAACUUUCUUCAGAACAAGUGCAUCCCGAACCUGACGCUUUCUUAUCCAAUGCAAAUUGGCAGUGAAAUCAUGAGUCGAGGUGUACUAUGCACAGAAGGAUCAAUGCUCUGGCGUGACAGUUCGUGGCUCAUUAGCGAUGAACUGUAUAGAGGUUAUUACCAAGGGAAUAAUAAGAAUAAGACCGACGAAAUUGCUGCAGCAUAUGACUUCUUAAGUUCUGACCAGGGAAACUUCAAUUUAAUCAUCUCAUAUAACUCAUCAAACAGCUAUGAUGUCUUUUACGACGUAGAAUACACUGUCCCUGUCCUUAAUCAAGGAGGAACUGUGCAAAGACCUCAUUCGAUUCAAGUUCCACGAUUAGUUAAUAUGGCCUCAAAUGCAUACCUUCACUUAAGAGGAAAUGGUCUCAAGAUGUCAUUUGAUUUUGUCAAAGAAAUGCCUAGAGCAGCUACACACGAAGGCCAGUUUGAUAUCUCUUCAUUAGUAGGACAGCUGCCAUUUGUAUGGACUAUGGAGCUUCUUUUUCCGGUAAUUUUGACCAACAUCGUGUACGAGAGGAAAAAUAAGCUAAGGAUAAUGAUGAAGAUGCAUGGCAUUGGAGAUUUGCCUUAUUGGACUAUAUCCUAUUGCUAUUUUCUACUACUGUCGCUGCUUUAUGUGCUGUCCUUCAUGCUAUUUGGUUCUGUCCUUGGUUUAAGUUUCUUCCGCCAGAAUAGCUAUGGCGUACAGUUUAUAUUUUAUUUUGCUUAUAUGAACUUGCAAAUUUCAUUUGCAUUUCUUAUGGCAAGAUACUUCUCUAGUGUGAGGACAGCUACUGUGACAGGAUAUUUGUACAUAAUUGUGUCUGGCCUUGUAGCAGAUUUUUUGUUCAGAUCAUAUGUUGAAGAUGUUUUCCUCUCAAGAAGCUGGAUCACACUUAUGGAACUUUUACCUGCAUUUUCAUUGUACCGAAUUGUCUAUGAAUUCUCACAAUCUGUACUGGUCGGGAGAUAUACGACCUCCUCCGGGAUUCAUUGGAUAGAUAUGGGCGAUCCCAAAAAUGGAUUGGCUGGUGUGCUAACCAUAAUGAUACUCGAAUGGUUUCUAUUCCUUUUAUCUGCAUUCUAUUUGGAUCGCUUUGGUUCCUUAAAAACUGUAAUGAGAAAAGUAGCAGUACUUGUGCGCACCCGCAUAGAUGGGAAUCGUUUUCAAGCUGCUCAUCAGCAGAAUGCACAGCUUCAGGAGUACAGAGCUUCCGUUGAAAUGGAGAGAACAGAUGUUGUUAAAGAGCGAGAGGUAGUUGAACAACUCUUACAAGAAUCAUCAAGUAGUGGUUAUUCAGUCAUAUGUGAUAACCUCAAGAAAGUGUACCGUGGACAAGAUGGAAAUGCAGAUAAAAUUGCAGUUAGAGGGAUAUCACUUUCCAUGUCACGUGGGCAGUGUCUCGGUGUUCUUGGUCCAAACGGUGCUGGCAAGACCACUCUUAUUAACAUGCUGACUGGAUUUAGUAAACCUACGUCUGGCACUGCAUACAUUGAAGGGAUGGACAUACGCUUGGAGAUGGACAGAAUUUAUACAGCAAUUGGUGUUUGUCCACAGGAGGACUUGCUAUGGGAAUCCCUCACUGGUCGAGAGCAUCUGAUGUUCUAUGGCAGGCUUAAGAAAUUAAAGGGCACAGCAUUAGCUGAGGCUAUUGAACAGUCUUUGAGAAGCGUGCGUUUGUUUGCUGGUGGUGUGGCUGAUAAGCUUGUAGGAAAAUACAGUGGGGGCAUGAAACGUCGACUCAGUGUUGCUAUCUCUCUAAUUGGCGACCCUAAGGUUGUUUAUAUGGAUGAACCAAGCUCUGGCUUGGAUCCAGCAUCUAGGAAAGACCUAUGGAAAGCUGUGAAGUCCGCCAAACAGAAACGGACAAUAAUUCUCACCACGCAUUCAAUGGAAGAGGCUGAAGUUUUAUGCGACCGGAUAGGAAUAAUCGCCAAUGGUAGCUUGCAGUGCAUUGGGAGCUCCAAAGAACUGAAAGACAGGUAUGGAGGCUCAUGUGUGCUCACAGUAACAACUCCGGCGGGCGAAGAGGAGGAGGUCGAGAGGCUGGCUCGGUCCAUCUCGCCCGCGGCGAACAGGGCGUACCGCGUCUCCGGGACGCAGAAGUUCGAGGUGCCGAAGGAGGGGUUGAAGAUCUCUGAAGUGUUCCGGGCCAUGGAGGACGCGAAGAGCAGGCUGAGCAUCCUCGCCUGGGGCCUGGCUGAUACGACGCUGGAGGACGUCUUCGUCAGAGUUGCCAAGGACAGUGACAUGUCCACUGUGACCUGACCCGAGUACCUGACUGCUCCCAGGGGCAAAUGCUGGGUCUGAACUUUCUGAAGCCAGGGUAAUAAUUCACCAGGGAGAUGCAGAUUG